CGAUGACUCGCAGCAGUCACUAUCGAGCCAGCUGCUCGGGCGGGGAGACGAGGAUGGUGAUCCGGCGGUAGUUGCUGCCGGCAUCCGGCAUAUGUCCGGCCUUCCACCAGACAGCACUACUGCCCCAGAAGCCAACAACAACACGAUCGAACGUUCACUGUUGGAGAUAUUUGCUACCGAAGAAGUGGUCUCGACAACUGGCAAUGGGAGUGACGAAGGCUCUGCAUCUGGCUCUGUGUCCCCCCUGGUGUCGACAAGCCACCAGCUACCAAUUUCAGGAGGCGUUUCCACCACCACCUUGCGUCCUUCAGCAGCUGCAUCAUCACGGGUUUCAGCAUUGCUGUGUGACCAAUCUGCAAACUCGGGAAUUGUCCAGCGACCGCUUAGACAGAGCCAAGAAGUGUACAUAUCAGUUUUGCCAGGACAGUCUGAUAACUCUGUCUCAGGCACGAGAGAUGAGAAUGUUGUGCAGCAGUUGCCAACGUCUGAGACUCGAGAUGGUCAGUGCACCCAGUCAGGGACACGAGACAACGAACUUGGUGCGCGGCAGAUUGAAACUGGUGAAUGCAGCCAGUCCGGUAUUGCACAGGGUGCGCCAGGAAGCAGUUCCGCUGACAGCCUGAAUGCUGUUAGCACACCUUCUGUGAGAAUCUCCGAAUCGGCCCAGGCGGACGAGUGUACACAGUCGAGAGCGAUGGACGCAGAUGCGGCAGUAAACACGAAUGCCGAAGUUCCGCAGACAGAAGAAUGUACGCAGUCUGGAAUACCGAGAGGAAUGAUGAGGGUCCCCGAAUUGGUUCGAGAAGAGAGUAGUGACACCGGCAGAGCUGGAGACACUCAGGGAGACGAAUGCACUCAGUCUGAGGUGUCCGCCACAGAAUCGAGGAGCAGACACGAUUCCGACGGCUCAUCGGAGCACUAUGGUGGAAGGGAAUCCCACGAAGCGGUCACAGAGAGUAGCGAACACGUAGUACGGAUUGCCGCUGAGCCGAGCGAGCCUUCUGUAAGCAGUGUCAGGAUGCCAGAGGUGCCAGAUGUAUCGAAUACUGUAGCAGAACCCAGUGGAGUCGGCCGGGAUGAGGUGGUGCAGAGUGCGGCGGCAGAAUCGAGCGAAGGAGGAGAGAUCGUGCGGAGGAUGGCCGAACCGAGCAGUGAGACUGAAUUGUUAAGAACGAGGCCCAGUAACCGGCAAGAUAGUGCGAUCUGCAGUGCACUUCAGGAGCAGCCCAGCAGUUCGGGUCGGAGGAGAGAUUUUGUAGAAUCAGUUCAAGAUUACAGCCAAGUCGAGUGCUCUACAGGAAAGAGGCCACGUACUGGAGAAUCCAGCCCAGAUAGUCGUAUUUCACAGAGCUCGUCAUCAGUAGUUAAGAGAGACAAUGUGUCUUCGAGUGGCAACAGACAGUUUACAGGAAGUAAAGGCAGAAGUGGAGAUGUACCGUCUACACCGAGGUCUGGGGUCUCUAGUACGUCUACUACAUCAUCUGGAAGAGGUCAGGGUGGGGCCGGGAUAUCUAGCAGCUCUUCGGCACACAAACUACCGUCUGGCACCAGAGCUGGCCCUUCGUCUACAGAGGGCGGCACGAGGCACCAUGGUGCUGGACCUUCUGGCGUACGAGAAACUUCGGAAGCGAAUGCAAAGUUGUCUUCACCUGUUGGAAGUUCGAGAAGCGACAUCAAAGUUCCUGGAGUUUCAGGUAAUGUGAGGCACAAAGGGAGUGGCGGAAUAGAUGGAGAGAAUCGAGGAAAUGCUGCAGGGAAGCCACAGGUGGCACAGGGAGCUUCCCAGAGCAGUAGCUCACUCGCUAGGUCACAACCUCAUAUUCAGAGGACAGAAUCUCCUUCAGAACGAGCCACAUUAAAUCCGCAAGCUACAGGCGUACUAAAGCUGCCUUCUAAGAGGCCUCUGACUGUGGAAGAUUCUAGUGGACCGUCAGAAGUGAAGCGGCGCCUGUCCAGUGAAACUGCUGCCGGGCCUACAGUGCCCUUGCUAUCGAUACCGCUGCCUCCUGAGCAGGGAACUUUAUCGAAAACUUCACAAAAUGUGCAGUCGGCAGCAAAAGUGGCGGUUGUACCUACAGAUAGAGCUAGGCCUCCAGUGCCCUCACCACGACCUCAGAUUUCAACCAUUCAGCCACCAGUGUCUGCACACAGUAGUAGGAUGCCUUCACCGGCACCGAGAUUUUCUGUGAAGGGGCCAGAACUACCCGCUUCGCAUAAACCGAUUUCGUUCACCUUGUCAAAAACUGGUCUGAAGAAAACAGUGGAACACCCGACAGGUGAAAGUGGCAGCUCUGCACAAUCUGCAGCAAGAUUACCUGAGAGAGCAUCCACUUUCCAUAAGAAAAAGGCUGCAGAUCAACCAGAAGAGCCUGAGACAUUGAAGCCUGGAGCUUCUGACAGAGAUACCUCAGAGCAGAAUAAAAGGGAAAUAGAACAGACUGAUGAGAAUGAGACCCAUAGGACUGGAGUUUCUGGAAGUAGUGAGCAAACCCCAGAGAAAAAAUUGGAAAAUGUUGUGGAAACAAUUGAAGUAUCUGAUAUUCCUUUGCCUGCUGGCAUUCCAGCACCUCGUGAACUUAAGGUACAAGCUGCUUCACCACCUGCUUCAGAAUCUACUUUUCCUAAUGUCACUGAUGUUGCAAGCGUUCCUCUUCCACCAGAAAAGCCGGUUUCUGGAAAGAAAGAUGUUUCACUGUCACUGGAUGUUGCCCCGUCGCUGGACGUGUCUGUAGAAGAGAUUCCCAUACCAGGAGAAACUGGGAAGGGUACAGAGCCAAGUUCAGCAACUGUAAAACAGGGAGAGAGAUCGCCAACAGGUAGAACCUCACAGGCAGAAAACUCAUCUUCUCAAACAGAAGGGAAGGUACCAUCUAGUCCCUUUGACUUGGCUCCAUAUGACAUUCCGUUGCCACCAGCAGAAAAACACUCUUCUCUUUCCUCCUCUCUGGCUAAGCCACAGUUGGGGGAAGCUGGGGCUGAACUCCAGAGUCCAGCAAAACCGUCUACAACACCAGAAUAUAAACAGUCAUCAGAUGAGAAAUUGGAAAGUGUUGCAGAAUCAGAUGAGCCCAGUCCUUCAUCGAACCAGGUAAAAAGGAGCAUUUCGCAGUCUGCAGAAACUGAGGUGAAAUCACCAAGUGCAACUAAGUUGCAAACUGUAGAUAAAUCUUCAGCUGCAGUUCCAAAAACUAAGGUGGAUAGUAGACACACACCUAGUGAUACAAGCAGCGCAGCUUCAAAAUCGGAUACAACCGCCAGUGUAAUUGAUGGAGAUGGCAAACAGAAUCCAAAUCUCAGCACCGAGGUCUCGCAGCCCUCUGCUCCAUUGACAGAAACUGUUCCUAGUGUUGAGCCCUCACAAGAUGACUUGCAAAAAACCUCGUCGGAACUGAAAUCAUUAAAAUCUGUUUUACCAGAAGCGAAGCCAGUUGCUAAGCUGAGACCUGUUUCAUCCAACCCUCCAGCAGUCGAAGAACCGGGCAUCGGAAUUGACAGUGAAAGCAGAGACUCUCCACAAAUAGCAACUCGUGAAACUGCCUCACCACCACCUGAAGCUGACGAGUAUGUCAGUUUAUGUCAAACAGAAAACACUAGCUCUCCCAUAGAGGAAAAGAAGAACAAUAUCCCUUCUGAGGGAGAGAAAUCGGUGGAGGAUAGUGCCGGGGUCCAAAUUGAUACUGAGGCUAAAGAAGUAACUCUCCUUCAAAGCACCACCAAAGCGAGUACUUCUCUCUGUUCCACAGAACGAUUAGAAAAUUCAUCUGUUGGUGAACGCCUCCCUGCAGAUCAGAACCUUGCCGAGGACUCCGAGAAGAGAAAGGUGCCAUUUGUAAAGGCCGAUGUCAAUUUAGAGCAACCUAUUUCAGAUCCUACGCCUAGAGUACUCAAGACUAGGAAAAAUGACUGCCAGACUUCCCCAUUGGCACCUGCCCAUGCCAGUAGUGUGCCAAAAUCAGCUGUUUCCUCAGAAUCAAAAUUAGCCAAUUCAGGUGACAUAGUGAACAGAGAGGUUACACCAAGAAGUGAGUUGCCCAUUGGAGCUCCAACCAGUCAAGUUGUAUCUCAUCCUCCUUUAGAGGAAACUGCAGUGCAGAAAAGCAAGCCUGCAUCAGAGGAGCCUCAAGCUGAGAAGCAGUUCGAUUCUUCUAUGGCCCCAUCUUCUGAAGGAAGUGAAAGAGAGAGGUUUUCAGACCUAAAAGAUGAGCAAACAGAGGGACUAGACAACACUGUUAAAGAUGACUCAAAAGGUAACACUGUGGAAGUGCAGAUGAUGCCAGAAAAGCUGGAGGAGAGUAUGAAGGAGGUCGCGCCUGUCGAAAUGGCCGUGAGGCAGGACUCCCGUCUGGAAAAGAGCCCGAAGGAUUGUACCUCAGGGAAGAGUAUAAAAGUGCAAGAGGAUAAGCAGAAACAAAGUGAAGAUUCAUUAGCUGUCACGUCUGCUGAAAAUGACACUAAUUCUGAAACUGAAUUACAAAGUCAAGCUGAGGUGAAGUCUGCCCCACAGCAGGAGAAUUUGGAAAGCCAGAAGGAAACAUCCGCACAAAGCUCAUUUCAUGAAGCAGUCGGCAAGGGUGCAGUCUCAGCAGCCAGUCAAGAAGUGUUGAAAAAAGCUACGGUGGAACCGUCUGUGGCAGAGAAGACACUUCAACGCAUGCAGCCUAUUAGGGACAAUUCCGGCCCUGCUGUGAAGGAGACAAAAGUUGAGAUGCCUGCUCCACUGACGUCUUCACCACAGAUGCGAAAACCUGCAAAUGUAGACGUGAAGAGACUUGGCGUCCCGAAGAAAAUGCCGGAAAAUAACUCGGCAGCCGUUGCGGCAGAGAAGAAUUUGGUCUCUAUAACAGAUUUAGGCAAGGGAAGAGGUCAGAAAAUGGACAUGCCAACUUCAGAAAGAAAGCUAAAAUCAGUUCACAUCCGUGGGUCUUCACCUUCUGCCAUACUGAGUGCAGAUGCGAAAACAAAGAUCCAGAAAAUUGGUAUUCAGAGGACUCCAUCUGAUGCCUCAUCUUCAAAAGCAACUAUUGGAAUGCCCACAACUUCACAAACGACUACAAAGUUGGAAGUGCAAGGUAAAGCUGAACCCACUACAGCACAGAUGACUCCAAAAUUGAAAGUGGUAGGUAGGCCUGAAGUGGUGAAAACCCCUUCUAGCCCUUCUGUACCCAAACGAGCAACAGAGAGUCACAGCAGCUCGUCUGUAACUGUGAAGAAAGAGAUUUCGAGGUCAUCGACAGGAGCUUCGCAGUCGUCACAAGUAGGGAUGAUGGCUGUCAAGGUUCCUCCAUUUCGAGAACAGAGCAGAAAAACACAAACCGAGCAACAUGUAAAACCGUCAUCUAGUGGUGUUUUGAAGUUACCUCUUAGUGGUUCAUCCUCUAAAACAUCACAGGUUCAGACCUCCUCAAAAGUGCCUCCACCUGAGGGUUCGGUACCACCGAGUGGCCAGUUAUCAUUGAGUCCGGCUCCAAGUAGAUCACCACCUGUGCAACCGCAAGGUCUUAAGUCAGCAGUGGAUAAAACUCGUCAAACGCCAGUGGUGAAGAAAAUAAGUUUUGGUACUCCACCUUCUUUGGCAGAAAAGAAAAAGUUAACAAAUCUUCCUUUCCAGUCUGUUGGAAACACUAGCGCAGGAGCCUCCUCAGCACUGAAGGGGCUUGGCACUAAACCUGUUGGGGGCAGCGACAAGAGCCAGAAAAUAAAUUUCGGAAAGAAAGAACCCACAGAAGAGAGGACGGAAGUGAGCGGCGAACGUCAGCCAUCUGUAGACAAAAAAAUUGGCACAUAUGUACCGAAAAAAAGUACGCCGUCAUGUGUAUUGGUCCGUAAAAGCCCUUCAGUUCCAGAAAUGAAAGAAAUUGUGCCAGAAAGUUAUUCGCCAUUAAAAAAGUCUGUAUCCAUGACUGAUUUCUCGGCCAGUGCAGCACGAGAAGAAAAGCCAGAUGUGCAGAGAUUUGCAGAAGUAGUUGGUGGUGCUAAGAAGCCAUCAAUCCGUAGUUUACACAGUGACACAACAGCUGCCAAGCAGUCAGAUGUGAAAUUCUCAUUUAAGGAGAAACAGGCGUUGCCAUCUAAGGCUGCACCCUCACUCUCGCAGCCGAGCUGUAUUAAAACUGCUGAGAAGCGGAAGAGUGCGGGAGAUGGGGUCAGUGUUAAAGGCAGUGAUAGUGCAAAAGUAGCAAAAGUGGUCUCAACUGUGCCCAAAGCACAAGGUACUGUGAAGGUGCAGAUGUUUGGAAUGAAGCAGAAAAGUUUGGAAACCCCUUCAGUGUUAGGUGUCGAAAAAGAGUCGCAGAGUAAGUUCUUGAAGGAAGACUUGAAAGAUUCCUCAGAAAAAUGUGAUACUCAACAGGUAUCUAGUGAGGAAGCUACUGAAACAGCCAGUCUCACCCAAAAACCAGAAACUCUAGUAACAUCACCUACCAAGGAGCUUAAGAGUGGUGUGGAAGCAGGAGUCAGCAAGUUUUUUAAAGAAAAAGAUGCACUGGAGGAAAUAGCUACAGGGGAACAGUUUCUUCUUUCAACAGUCACUGAUACAAAACCAGCUGAUGUGGACCCUGUGUGUCUGGACAUAUCACAAAAUGUUACAGACAGAAAAGCCGCUACCAUAGUAAAACCACAAGUGACUGUAAAAGGAGAGAAACUUCUUGAAAGCUUGUCCAAGGAAAAGAAAAUUGUUACUGCUGAAAUAAGUAGAACAGAGCACCACUCGGUAAUUAAGAAAUCGCCGUUCAAAGCACAAAUUGUAGAGCCAUCUGUUACAAAGCUGCCGACAGCUGAUGCAGAAAGGCCUCAAAGUACAUCAGCUGCAAAUACAGGAUCAUUUUUAAAUAAACAAAAGCCCUCUAUCGUUGCACCUAGAGCUCUGAAACAGUUGAUGGAUGCUUACGGUGAUGAGGAGUCACAGGAUUCUGAAGAGCUUUCUGAAAUAUAUUCAGAGAAAUCAAGCUCUUAUCGUCAAUCAAUUGAAGAAAAGGUCUCUGACAAAAUUUCUCAAGACUUUGCAUACAAGUUGGUUGAGAAAUCUGUCAAAGUAGAUGCAACUUCAUCUCAAAAAAUUCAGAGUGUACAAGGGAGUAAAGGAACAGAAGAGGGCGAAAACCUCUCGACCAGUCCUGGACCUAAGUCCUCCAUUGAUUUACCGGAAGGUAGGGGCAUACAAGGAGCACCAGUUGUCUCCGAAGCAUUACUGCCUUCGGAACAGAAACAAAAAACCGAUGGCGUGCCGAAGGCAAAAAGUCAGCUUCCUGAAAAAGUUGCAGUAAAUAAAUCGGGCACAAUUAAUUCUGUACUCCCAGCUUCAAGCAUCAGUAAAGAGAAGGAUAAAACAUCACAGCAGGAUAAAGUGGAGACCAGUGAGGUCACUGUAGAUAUUGAUCGCCCGUCCACAAGUUCAUUGGAAGCAUCACCAACUAUUGGUAAAAGGAAACCACCAUCAACUGUAAUUGAGAGUGAAUCAGAUGUUUUGCAGAAAAUGUCAGCAUUUAAUAAGCAGGCAAAUGUCUCUUCUCCAAUAGUUGAAAGUAAGGAACCUAAAAAAACAAAUCUUUCAGUGGCAGGUGCAAAAGAAACUGAUGAAGCUGUGUCAAAAAAAUCACAAAAUAUACAACCCUCUGCAAUGGAUAAUACAGACAUUAUGUUGACAGAACCCUCAAAGACAGACAUUUCUAUAUCAGCUGAUAAAAUGCAACCAGAUUUGAUUGACAGCAAGGGACAGGAAGACAAAACGAAGUCAAGUGUGGCGGUGCUUGAAGACAUAUCUCCAUUAGUUGAAGAGAUGGUUAAAAAGGCUGUAGCUGAAAAGAACGAUCCUGAAUCAAAUUUAAAAAUUAUCUCAGAAACUCUUGGAGAUAAGAGAGAGCACACUGUAGUAAAAGAAAAGAAUACUGAGGGUGCUGAUGCUCCUUCUGAUAGUAGAAAAGUGCCAGAGACAGUAAAGGUGACAUCAAAGGAGAAAUCAGAAAAGGGUCUGAAAGAAAACAAGGAGAAAACUCCAAUGCCACAGAAUGACAAUGAAACAGGAACUUCACCUUCUGAGGCAGAUGUUAAAUCAAAGACUUCGGAGCGAUCUAGUAAACGUGAUACAAAAGCAAGUGAAGCUGAAACAGUGAGUGCAGGAGCGGGUCAACCUAAGGAGAUUGUUCCAGAACCAACUCGAGAAUCAUUUGAGGAAACAGACCGCAGUAAAAGUACUUCAGUGGUGACAUCUGUCAGACAAAAAUGUGAAACUUCAGCAUCAGUACCUGAACGUAAACGUUCCACAGAUGGACCAAAGGCACCUCCAAGGCACACUGAACCAAAGGCUAGCACGAUACAUGCAGAACAAUGUAUCCCUCAGAUAAUGGAACAGAAAACUGAGCCUUUGAAAAGAAAGCAAACAGUUGUUGAGAAGCUGCAGAAAGCUGCUGUUGUGGAAACAAAAGACACAGUAAAACGACCUGAAAUGAGGCUCAGUGUUCAGUCUGUAAAGGAGGAAACUGAAAUUCAUUCCAGUGCCAGGAAGGAAAUGCUGAGCACACUAGUGCAAGCUGAUGAAUCACAGAAAAGUCCUCCAGAAACAGAGAAUGUGCAAAUGAAAGAAGAAACUAGAGAGCCAUUGCAAGCAGCAGAAGCAAAGGACACUGUUAUCAAAGCUGAAAUGAAACAUUGUGCUCAUCCUACAGGUAGAAAGCUGACUCUUCCACUGGACGAAACAGCAAGUCAUUCUGCAGAUGCCAAAGAAAAACUGAGUACUCUGUCUCCAACAGGUAAAGUGGAGAGAAUUCCACCAGGGCCUGCUGAUAGAGAAGCUAAAGCUAAUAUAAAACCAUUGCCACCAAAAACUGAAUCACUUGCUCCUGAAGCUGAAUUAAAAUCAGCUGAACAAUCACAAGAAGAGAAGUGGCCAGCAUCCCCAACCAAAGUUGAAAUUAGGUCUGCUAUUACCAUGGAAAAAUUGAAGUAUGGAUGUGAGAAUGGAAGCAAUUCAGAAAGCAACAAAAGAAAAAAUAUUUGGGUCUGA